CCUUUCUGAGAGCAUCAGGUAGCUCCAUAUACGGGUUGGAGAGGCACCUCGCAGCCCCUCUGGCACUGAAUCUGGUAGGUCGCACAGAGGGGCAGUGCCAUGCACACUCCUGACUAUGCUCUGCUCCUGAGCGGAGGGAACCAGUCUCUGGUCUUCGGUCCCAGUGGUGACCUAACUAUGGAGAAACCUGGAAACAACACCGUCCACCCGAACCGAUCCGAUCCGUACUCGCGAAACGAGGAGUUGGCCCAGAUGGAGAUCAUGAUCCUGAGCAUCACCUUCGUGGUUGCUGUGGUUGGGAAUGUGAGCGUCCUGCUGGCAAUGUACAACACGAAGAAGAAGAUGUCGCGGAUGCAUCUUUUCAUCAAACACCUGAGCCUGGCUGACCUGGUGGUCGCCUUCUUCCAGGUGCUGCCGCAGCUCUGCUGGGAUAUCACCUUCCGCUUCUACGGUCCAGACUUUCUCUGCAGGAUCGUCAAGCACCUCCAGGUGAUGGGGAUGUUCGCCUCCACCUAUAUGAUGGUGAUGAUGACCCUGGACCGUUACAUUGCUAUCUGCCACCCUCUGAAAACCCUGCAGCAGCCCACGCAGCGCUCCUACAUCAUGAUCGUCUCCACGUGGAUGUGCAGCCUCGUGUUCAGCACUCCGCAGUACUUCAUCUUCUCCCAAAGCGAGUUCGACAGCUCGAACGUUACCGACUGCUGGGCGCACUUUAUCGAGCCGUGGGGCCCCAAGGCUUACAUCACCUGGAUAACAGUGAGCAUCUUCCUCAUCCCCGUGGCGCUUCUCAUGUUGUGCUACGGGUUCAUCUGUCACAGCAUAUGGAAAAAUGUCAAAUACAAGAAAAGGAAAACGCCGGCUGGUGCUGCGAGCAAGAACGGGCUGAUUGGGAAAAAUUCAGUCAGCAGCGUUACAACUAUUUCAAGAGCCAAGCUGAGGACUGUUAAAAUGACUUUAGUGAUCGUUUUGGCGUACAUUGUCUGCUGGGCGCCGUUUUUCAUAGUGCAGAUGUGGUCCGUGUGGGAUGAGAACUUCCAGCUUGUUGAUUCUGAGAACACAGCAGUGACUCUGUCUGUGCUGCUUGCCAGUCUCAACAGCUGCUGUAACCCAUGGAUAUACAUGAUCUUCAGCGGUCACCUCCUCCAAGAUUUUAUGCAAUGCUUCUCCUGCUUCCAAAGACUGAGCACUGACUUCAAGAAGGAGGACUCGGACAGCAGUAUCCGCAGAACAACAUUACUGACCAGGUUGAACAAUCGCAGCCCCACGGGCAGUCAGAGCAACUGGAGAGAGCUGGACCUUUCUCCAAAGUCCUCCAUUCAGGCGGAGUAAACAUGCAGCCAGGCAAAUCUGUUUACUGUCGUGGGAAUGAAAUUAUAUCUGGGAGUGGCAUCAAGGUAAACAUACAGAAUCAAGACUUUUUAACGUUGGGCAUGACUGACAGUGACUGACAUUUCCCCCAAACAACAAAUCAAGCUUUUUGCAUGGACAUUUGGAAACAGAGUGAAGAAAUAUGUUGUCGACUGAGAAUUGUGCAACAUGGACUGAAAAUACAGAUAUGUUUGUUGUUAUUUUUCACUAAAAAUAUUGGGAAAGGAGGUGAGAGUAGAGAUUUAUUCCUACAUGUUCAAGCUUGUAUGCCACCACCCUUUUUUGUAAAAGCACAAAAUGCUGAUAAUUGGGUUUUGACCUAAUUCCGUUGCAUUCUGUUGAAUUCCUUGAUCAUUUGGCUGCCCCUGUUACUGUGGUGCCAUGAUUUCCCUUUAGAUAUUUUUAGGGGAAAACACAUUUCCUUACUUCCCUACUCAUGCUCUUAAUGAUGGUUGUGUUUGCAGUGCCAGUGAACACCCCUUCCUGUUCGGGUGUUUCCAGAGAUAAACGUACAUGGCAGCCAGGAGGUGUGCUGUGGUGGAAGCAACUCUUCCAGACCGCCUGCUUUUAAGAAACCGAGGCAGACACCUCGUCCUCUGGGCUCAGCUUUCCAUUUUUGUGGUUUUUCUCAGAACCACACAUUUUAGUGGCUUGUGUAAAAAGAAACCUUUUCCUUUGACCUGUGACAAAAGUCUUAGGUUGCAUAUAUAAAUCAGGCGUGCAUCCAACUAUUUACUAAUGAUUUAAUGUUGCAGCUUGCAGUCCUUUGUGUAUGUCUCUAAAUAAUGGCUUUCAUAUUUCAGCACAAACAGAUGGGACCCCCCUUAAAAUAGCAGGACAUUGGAGGGGUCUACUAUACCGCCCCACAGACCCCUCCCACUGCUUUUUCAAAAUGUUGUGGACAAGCUUACACAUUCCAUACUCUCGACGUCAACACACUUCCUGACUUUUUUCUGACAUCCUGCCCCGUUGGGGGGUCUUUUCUUGGGCUUCAUUUGCACUCCAGACAAAAACAAUCUUCUGCACAUUAAUGCUUAAUAGUUGUCAGACCACUAUGACCACAUGUAUGUUAUAAAGACAUUUCUAUCUGACUGUAAAGUAUAUUUAUAUAUAAAAGGUCUGUAAAUAGGAAUAAUAUAAUGUAAAUCUGUUCAACAUGAAUUCUAUUUGUCUGUAAUGCUUUGUGUACAUUGAAAAUAAUCUACAUAUACAUAUAUGUUGCAAAAUACAUAUUGAUGGACUGAUGAUUACUAUAGGACACUGGUGUUUCCUCCUGUUAUCACAACCCCAACACAACUAGCUGCUUUGUUUAUGUUUCGUGCAGUUGCUACACAACCAAAAAUCUGUGGUGUUAUCAUUGCUGAAAAUUGGGUAAUUUUAAACAUAUAUAUCUAGCCAAUCAAAGCUCUUGAUUUAUGAUUAAGUAAGGAAUAAGCGUUGUGAAUGGGUUGCUUUUGGUCAACAAGCUGUCGACCCUCAUUAAAUGAAAAUACAAUGUGUGAACUUGUAAAUCCGUUGAAUGUAAAUCGUCUUGUGCAACUUUGAAAAAACUAAACAAAGAAAGACAGAUAUCUAAAUCAAAAGGGAGGUGUGGGUGGUGCAGUGGGUUGUGCAUUGGUGUUGGGAUCAGGGGGUCACAGGUUCAAACCCCACUGCAGUCAGCAUGUCGUUGUGUCCCUGAGACACUUCACCCCAAAUUGCUCCUGUGGGGAUUGCCCACAGUAUUGAGUAUGUAAGUUGCUUUGGAUAAAAGCAUCUGACAAGUGACAUGUAAUGUAAAAAACAUGGGAAAAUAAAAACCAAAUCUGCAUUGCACCAUUCCCUUUUGUGAGAUUUAUUUUUAUAAGUAGGUUUAUCUGCUGCUAGACUCCAUCAAAAGUGCAACAUAAUCUCAUGUGAUUAUGUGAAAAUAUUAUCAAUUCUGUUAUCAAAUUAUUCCGUUAUUUACUGAAAAAACUCGAAAUGAUAGACCUCUUUAUGUAAUGGUGUAAUGCAGUGGUAUCACUUCAUCCAGCAGCUCUUGUAAGCUUGUUUGCGGCAUUAAAUAAUUCCUACAGCAUUUCUCACAUCAUAAUCUAUAACCAGCUUUCCACAGCACUCUAUUAAUGUACAACGGUCUUGAGAGCUGGUGAUAUCGACCCGUUUCCCUUGUAGAAACUAAACCCCCCUUGGUCCUACAGUAUAUGAUUCAUUUUAUCUCUGACCAUCUGACCUCAUAACAUAAAGGUCUGGCAAUCGUAUCGCACAGUCGUAGGAAGUCCUACAGGAAAUAUUGUGAGCUAUUUAAAUAAGGCAGAGGAAGGUAAGACUUACCAUAGAGGAUAGAGUUGUUUAUUUUACGCAAUAAAAAAGAGAAUUAAACAAGCACCAGGCAAUCCCGGCUGGUAUCAACGGGGAUAAUUCAGCCUGGAUCUCUGUGGAGGGAGUAAAGCUGGAGCUCUGACAGACAUAUCUCAAAUUCCCAGUCUCUGCCUCUCAUUAGACAUGCCAAUCAUUAAGUAACAUGCUUCUGAAAGGCUGGUCAUGCUAACAUGAUCUCAGCUGAGGUUGUCAGUCAGAGUCUAGACAGAGCAAAUACUUGACAGUGCAGACCGUGAAUGAGUUUCUCCAGAGAGUUUGAAAAAAAGUUAGCGCCAAAAAACAGACAGGUCUUAUUAUAAAGGGUCAUAAAACAAGUAGCAUGUUGUUGUUUGAUAGAUGUACUCUAUAGAUAUGUAUCUGUUGAUAUGCAUGUAUUUACGGUUUGUGUUUAUUUUCUAUUUGUAUUUUUAACUCAAUGCCUUGUCAACAUGCUGCUGUAACAAAACAAUUUC